UUCCUUUAAGAUGGCCGCGGCUGUUGUGUUGAAGAGCAAGUUGACCGACUUCGAUUAAUUAUUUCUCACCUAUAUGUAUGUGAAAUUUCAACCAUUUAUCAUCAACAAGUAUAAGCGACGUAAGAGCACAAAUACCGUUAUUCUGCCUAUGGUGGAUAUUGAAGGAGAAACGAAACGUCCGAAACCAUGGGCGACACAUCAAUCAAAAUGCAGCUUUGUGCCGGGACAGAGGGGCAAGCUGUUGUUAUUAUAUCAGAAUUUUACUUAUUCGAAAAAUAACGAGAACGGGAACACAACCUAUUGGAAAUGUCGAACAAUUCAUAAUGGGAAGCCGUGCAACGCACGCAUAACCACCUUCAAGCGUCCUAUCGUGGCAGUCUACUCAGCCACUUCGAGGGGUAGAGUGCAAUUGAUCUACGGGGGACAACCGUUCAUAUUUGAAAAGAAAAUUAAGCUGUCCACACUUGAGGAGAAGAAAUACUGGCGCUGCAAUCAAUGGUGGAAUCAGAAAUGUCGUUCGCGUGUUUGUACCAUAAAUGAUAUGGUCAUUCCAUUGAAUCGCUAUCAUACGCACGAAGAAAUAGUGAAGCGGAAAAAACGUGUGCGUAAAAAUUUAAUACCACCGGCGACGGCUAUUGCGAAUGAUAAACUUAUCAAACCUGAGGACGGUUAUAACGCUGGCCAAACAACGACGACAAUAACAUCUGCUGGUCUAGGCAGCAUUGCUGGCACCGGACGAGGCAACUUGGUCGUAUCCUCUCUGGGCAUGCAUUUGAAAUAUGAAGAAAUUGUUGCCGAUGUUACCGAAAUUGUGGAACCUGCCGCGGUGGUCAUGUCAAAAAAAUAGAAUUAAAUUUAACUAAGAUUUUCUCUAAAUUAAUCCCCUAUGCCCGCUAUAUCUUGAAUAUAUUCAGACAUUCUUUAUAAACUAAGCGAUAAACAACUAUAUAUAGAAAUGUAGAAAU